AAUGCGCUUGCUUUAAUGGAUUAUCAUUUCUGUAGUAGCAACGUAUGACAAAGUUUCUGUAAGGAGAUGUUUAACAUUGAUGAAAAGUCUUCGCGUUUUGUAAAUCUGUUCCUUUGCGUUUUCUGCCAUGGGAAAGUCUUCUUGUGACAAGUACUUUUCCAAUACCAAUGCUGAAACCUUGGUAUCAGCCGACAAUACUCACCUGCUAUUUUUUUCCAUUAAAGAGUACUAUGCUUUAAAACAACUUCACUUAAAUACAUGCUAAAAUGCUAAAAACACGACUUACGGAAAAACAUAGCUUUAUUUUUUCUUUCACGCAAAAAUCACUCGCAGUACAAAUAUAAAAAAUAUUUUUUGCUGAUAUCGACUCAAUACAGAUCCUGGGUAUCUGAUCAGUGCCAUCUCUAGUGUAGUGACAAGCUGCAUUUUAUCCCCUUCUUAUGAACUUCCAGAGGUAGAGAAAACAGAGAGGCUGGUGAAGGAACGAGUGUUUAUAGCUGCUGUAAUGUAAGUGAUAACAGGAACUAACUUGUUUUCCUGACGUUCCACAUUGUUUUUAUAGAUAAAUUUAACAAUCUCUUAAAAACAAUAAAUAAUGGGCACUGACUUGGGGACAAAUCUUGCCUCUGCUAAUGUGGUGGGGGUGCUAUCAUAGCUAGCAACAGCGGCUAGUAUGCCAUUGUGACUAAUAACUCAAUAAUUCAGCAUUUAGUACAUCUAUUCAGCACUGGUCUCGGGCUGCUGUAAUGUGUAACGUGAUCCUUUUGCACACGUGUGCACAUAUGCAUGUGUUUUAGCUUCUAUAAACAAGGAUAAGCAUCUUUUGAGAUUGAAUCGAGAACCCUAUAGCACCAAGUUCUCGUUCUGUUAGUGGUCGAAGCUUAAAAACUACACAGCACGUUUUCAGGCACUUUCCACUUUCGGAUUUCAGAAAGAUUCCUGGUCAGGAAAAGGGUUGCUCUUUUCCUUGUAACUCUGAGUUUAUGUACUGUAAUAAAAAAAAAAAAAUCUAAAGGAGACUGCAUUACCCCAGAGAUCACCGCAGCUCUUAUCUACGUCUACCCCUGCGGGUGCACAGUGCAGAAUUAGCAGGAUUGGAUUCGAACAGUCUCGGCAUACCGGAAAAGCCUAAAUCCAAAGUAAACAGAAGUCGCUUUUCCACCGUCGCCACCCCUGCCAUUUGAAAAGCGUAGCUGGUGUGCGUGAUAAACAUUCGAGCAGAAGCACAUUUCUCUUCUUCCUAUUGGGUGGAAAAAUUGCAAAAGCAGGAGCAGGAAGUUGACCGGGAUAUUGUAUAUCAUUCAUAAUUUGCAGAUGUAUCAGUAUAGGUGAAGUGUUGUAAACCAGAAGGAUGUCCUGAGGGAAAUUUACCAUCAUGAAAAGUUCAAUGAAAUAUACACCGUUACACAGUGUUGAUCAUUUCUUUAUGGGAGAAGUUCUUCUUGCUUAAUUUAUUUACCUUCCUGUUAUGCUCAUUUAUAAAAAGACCUUCAUGAGGUGUCCUAACCUCCUGUAACCUGGCGGACGGCUAUGCGAUCACACCCUCCUGGAAACUGAAAUAUGAAACUCUGCUAUUCUGAGCGGAGAGAACAUCUGAAAGCUCCUGGAUAAGACACACUCAUAGGAAUUGAGGGAAGUGCUGUGACCUUCUAAAUCCUAGCUUUUACUUUACAGUCGCUAUCAGGAAUUACAGAAACAAUGACUUGACUGCACUAGGAUCAGCAUCGGUCGGAGAUGAUGCCCGCAGCAGCCUCACCCUGAGCUAGCUCCCUUUCUGACAGAGGGAAAGAGGGAGCGAGGGAGGAGAGAAGUGAUGGGGGAAACGGAGGAUGAGAGGAGCUCUCAGGCCAGCCAGCUCUUCGAGAACUUCGUUCAGGCCUCCACGUGUAAAGGCACCCUCCAGGCUUUCGGCUUGCUGUGCAGGCAGCUGGAGCUCGACCCGGACGAUCACCGAGGCUUCUACAGCAGUCUGAAAGCGGCCGUCACCUCCUGGAAGGCCAAAGCCCUGUGGACCAAGCUGGACAAACGAGCCAACCACAAGGAGUACAAGAAAGGCAGAGCAUGUGCAGACAUCAGGUGUCUGAUCAUCGGCGGAGGCCCCUGUGGAUUGCGCACAGCCAUAGAGUUAGCUCUCCUCGGAGCCAAAGUGGUGGUGAUCGAGAAGAGAGACUCGUUCUCCAGGAACAAUGUUCUCCAUCUUUGGCCUUACACAAUCCACGACCUCAGGAACCUCGGUGCUAAGAAGUUCUACGGCAAGUUCUGCGCCGGAGCCAUAGACCAUAUCAGUAUUCGUCAGCUGCAGCUGAUCCUGCUGAAGGUGAGUCUCAUCGUCGGGGUGGAGGUGCACGUCAACGUCGAGUUCCUUAAACUGCAGGAGCCACCUGAAGAGCAGGACAAUGACGGGCCUGGAUGGAGAGCAGAAAUGCAUCCCGCUAGUCACCCCGUCUCUGACUACAAGUUCGAUGUGUUAAUAGGAGCAGAUGGACGGAGAAGCACACUAGACGGUUUCAAAAGGAAGGAGUUUCGAGGCAAGCUGGCCAUCGCCAUCACGGCCAACUUUGUGAACCGCAACACCACAGCGGAGGCCAAAGUGGAGGAGAUCAGCGGCGUGGCCUUCAUCUUCAACCAGAAGUUCUUCCUGGAACUUAAGGACGAGACGGGGAUUGAUUUGGAGAAUAUUGUGUACUACAAGGACAACACACACUACUUCGUCAUGACUGCGAAGAAGCAGAGUUUGCUGGAUAAAGGUGUUAUUAUUAACGACUACAUAGAGACAGAACGACUCCUGCACAGUGACAACGUCAAUCAGGAGGCUCUGCUCUCCUACGCCCGGGAGGCGGCUGACUUCGGCACCAACUACCAGCUGCCGUCGCUGGACUACGCCAUGAACCACUACGGACAGCCUGACGUGGCCAUGUUCGACUUCACCUGCAUGUAUGCGUCGGAAAACGCCGCGCUCAUAAGGGAGAAGAACGGACACCAGCUGUUGGUGGCUCUGGUUGGAGAUAGCCUUCUGGAGCCCUUUUGGCCCAUGGGGACAGGAUGUGCUCGAGGCUUCCUGGCUGCGUUUGACACAGUGUGGAUGGUGCAGGGUUGGGCUCAGGGCAGAGCCCCUCUGGAGGUGCUGUCCGAGAGGGAGAGCAUCUACAGGCUGCUGCCUCAAACCACAGCAGAAAACAUCAGUAAGAACGUCGAGCAGUACACCAUCGAUCCUGCAACUCGCUACCCCAACCUCAACUCCACCUGUGUCCGACCGCACCAGGUUCGGCAUCUGUACAUCAACGGGGAGCAGAACUCGUGUUCGCUGGAGCGAAGUGGACCUACACGCAGGUCUGUCAAUAUCUCCAGGAAAGAAUCGGAGGUGCGGCCCAGCCGCUUGUUGCUGUGGUGUCAGAAGCAGACGCAAGGCUACAGAGGUGUAAAUGUUACUGACCUCACUACAUCCUGGAGGAGCGGCCUCGCCCUGUGCGCCCUCAUCCACCACCAACGCCCAGACCUCAUUGAUUUCGAUUCUCUGAAUGAAGCGGACAGCGCUAAGAACAACCAGCUCGCAUUUGAGGUGGCCGAGAGAGCGUUCGGCAUCCAGCCGCUCAUCACGGGGAAGGAGAUGGCGGCUGAGCAGGAGCCCGACAAACUCGUCAUGGUGCUCUACCUGUCAAAGUUCUACGAGAUGUUCCGCAACUCCUCCCUACCUGCCUCAGAGACUAACGAGAACAAUGAGGACGUUUCAUCAAAGCCCAAUAACUCCGUUUACAACUUAACAAACCUCGCGCUGCCCAGGAAGCGGAUUCCAAAGGACGACAAAAAGGUCGAAGACAAUGACUUGAACAAGAAGAGAAGAAAAGGCAUCAGCUACCUGGAAGAGCUGUCCAAACAGAGUACUUCGACUGCGGUGGAAGAGGGCGAGCAAAAGGAGAAUAAAGUGCGCUCCAUGGCAACUCAGCUUCAGGCCAAGUUUGAGGAGAAUGCACCUAGCUAUGUCCUGCGUCGACAGUCGGAGUUCGAUUCAGGUUCUAUAAAGCCUGUUUCUCUGGACAUGACUGAAAACCCUCGCUUUGCUAAACCCAAACUCCAGUCCUCACCCCCUCCUUCUUCUCCCAAACCAAAGUGGCAGCCGUCCCCUUACUUGAGACUUCUUGAGUCUCAAAUGCAGUCUGGUCACAAACAUGGACACCUGGAAACCCAACACAUCCAAGUUCAGUCAGUUUACCACAACAUGGAUGACCAAUCAGGUUUUCAGACACCAGAAGCCCAGUUCACUUGUCAAACAACAGAGCCUUGGUCUCACCAUCAACCCGCUAAACCCCAGGCUCAACCCAGUCUUCAGUGCUUUUCUGUCUCAGCUACUCAGCUGUUGGCUCUGAAGCAUGUUCUCAAACCUAAAGAUCAACCCUCAGUCACCUCUAAGUCCUCAGAGACCCUCCUGUUCUCCCCACCUGCUCUGGGAGGGAUGCUGCAAAGACUAAAGAUUGUGGAGGACAAGGCCACUCAGAAGAAAGUACAGACACAAAGCGUACGAGAGUUCAGUAAAAAGAGUAUAAGGGAGAGAGCACAGCAGCUCAGCUUCCUCUUCUCCGGCACACCGUCUCAGACGACUGGACCCUCUCCAGCUCCUGCUUCUCCUCCUCCUAAACCUCUUUCAUUUCCAUCUCUCCCCGAGCCCUCAGCUCUUUCCUGUCUGCUGUCUCCUCUUCCUGAAGCUCAGCCCAAGCAGUGUAACGGACAUUCUGAGUCAGAGCAGACGACUCACGAUCAACAUGAGCAAAAAAGUCGAUCCGAAAUCAAACGUGUACAAUGCCUCGAUCCUUCCAAACAGAGGACAGUGGGGAAGGUUUCCUCUGUGAUUGGUGUUAAAGCUGCCACUCUGGCCAUCCUUUACGAAACCGAUCACAGACCCAACAACCCUUACACCCUCUCACUGACCGAGGCCAGGAGAUGCCAGGAGUCUGGCUCGGUUACCACGCGGAAGGAGUUUGCUCCUGGGAUGGGCGGCAGUGACACCUGCCACUUCUGUAAGAAGCGUGUGUAUGUGAUGGAGCGACUAAGUGCAGAAGGCUACUUCUUCCACCGAGAGUGUUUCCGCUGUGACGUCUGCAGCGCCACCCUGAGGCUUGGAGGACAUGUGUUUGACCAAGGCACUUUUUACUGCAAGCUGCACUUUUCCCAGCACAAAACCAGCCACAGGCUUCGAAAGCCAGAGGUCCACAGAGGCGACGUGUCCAUGCCUGAUGGUAGCAAUGGGUACUCUGCCAGCGGGAGCCUCCAAAGCCAGCCUUCAGAGAUAAGUUCAUUGCCCAAGACUCAGGAAGACCACAUCCAGAAAGUUCUGCAGGAUACUGAGAAUACGGCGGAGAGUUCAGCCAAGCCACGCCUCUCAAAUCCUCCCGAGUUCAUCAGCAACAGCAGGAUUAAAGACCUUUCAGUUCCGGAUCUUGCCACAGAGUCCAAGCCGCUCAGCCCGAACUCUCCAGAGCUCAACAAAGUGGAGAGCUCGUACGCCAGAGGAGAAAUCACCAUCAGAAACAAUAACUGGAAAAGGAAGAUAAGAGCAACUUUGCCUCUGAUUCUGAUUAAGCCAUUUAACCAAAAAAGGAGAGGAGACGAUGCUCUCAUAGAAGAAGACGGAGAGUCGGAUUUUGAGGAGCUACAUGCACCGCAGGAACCUGAAAAUCAUGCUGCAGACUCUCACUGCCCUCUACAGGAGGAACCAGAGAAAUCAGCUGCAGAUGAGAUUCCCUGUUACCGCCCUCAUGGAAUUUCAUCCCUUCCCAAAUCUAACACAUGUUCUCCAGCGCAGCAACCUGACGCUUCCUCACUCGUACCAGACCAGCAGAGCACUGUCAGCCCAAAGAAAAAGCUCACUCUGUCCUCAUCCGAGAAGGAGAAACUACUGAACUGGGACCUGACCACUCCUGGAACGUAUUCAUCCACGACUACGGCCAUAGCUCCAGCAGAAAGGUACGGCCGAAGACCCGAAAACUCAACGAAACCUCAGACCGAUCCAGAAUCUCGACCAGAGCCGAGUCCAGCCCCUGCUGACCCUGAGCACAGUUCUCCUCUCUCAGGCUUCCAGCUGUGGGCCAGCGCACUGAGGAGAUCUUUCUCUGGAGCAGGAAACAACCCCAAAGUGAUCAGAAGAAACCGUCCUCCCAGAGUCAGGCCGCUGUCCGAGGGCUCCUUCAGCUUCAGCUCCGCGUUUGGCGUCUCCACACAGAACCAGGAGGAGGACGUGGUGAUGCGCUCCAGAGCAGAUACAGAAGGAAGCCAAAGCAGAACAGCAUGCAGGAGCGAGAUCACGGCCAUGUUGGAGCAGGUGACACUCAGCAACAAGCCAUCCAGGGCUUCCAAAGACGACAUGGCCUCCUUGCCACCGAGAAAGGUUAACUUUUUCUCCUCAAUGCGGCUGAAGAGGAGCGAGGGAGGAGACAGGAGCAAGACGGACAACCAGACGAAGGACAUCUGGGGCAUUCUGUCCAAAUUCAAAAACAAAGCAUCAUCACAACAACAACAAAAGGAAGAUGACUGUUCAUCCAGUGAGAAGGACCAGAAAGCUGUCACCCAAACGUCUGAAUCAGGCCACUCAAAGACACAGAGGAAUCAGCAGGAGAAAACACUCGUCAUGCAAACCAAGAGAGAGCAGCUGAAACGACUUCACAGGGCUCAGGUUAUCCAGAGGCAGCUGGAGGAGGUUGAGGAGAAGCAGAGAGCUCUGGAGGAGAAGGGAGUAACGCUGGAGAAGGUCCUCAGAGGAGAGAGUGAGGAUGCAUCAGCAGACGAGGCCGAGCUCCUGCACACGUGGUUUAAACUCGUCCUGGAGAAGAACAAGCUGGUCAGAUACGAAUCGGAGAUUAUGAUCUUUGCUCAGGAGCUGGAGCUGGAGGACAGACAGAGUCAGCUACAGCAGGAUCUCAGGCAAAGGAUGGCCACUGAAGACUGUCAGAAGAGCGCGGCGGAGCUGGUGGAGGAACAGGCCCUGCUGGCCGAGGUGAUGAAGGUGGUGGAGGAAAGAGAUCGACUGGUGAGCCUGCUCGAGGAACAACGGCUGCAGGAGAAGGCCGAGGACCGCGACCUCGAGAGCCUCAUCCUCUCCAAGGGCUACCAGUUUCACUGGGCAUGAUCGAGAGAGAGAGAGAGAGAGAGAGAGAGAGAGAGAGGGAGGUGUAGGUAGAAAGAACUGAUUGAGUGCUGAUUUAGGAUGAAGGCGAACACACAUCUUGACUAAGAAGGGAAACAUUCUAGCACUCGUGAAAGUUUUAGAUAUGUAAAGAUUACCUUUUUGUUUCUUAAUCACUAAUCUUAGACUGCACACAGAUCCUAGAUCUGCAUUUUCACUCAAAAAAUGUGGAGUGAAGAAGUUUCUAACUCCAAUACAGCCACAUGCUGUAGCCAUUUUACGUGUCCUGCUGUUUCUGACUGAGCACUGACUGAAAUAAACUCAUUUCACAUUAUAUCUUGCAGCAAAAUAAAGUCACUGCGCUUCCCAAACCCCAAAUAAAUGCCCUGCUGCCUCACUGCUGCUUCUUUUUAAAUAAAAAGUGACCAAUAUGUGCCUCAUCGUAAGCCGUAAACAUCACUAAUGAGUUGUAUUUAUUUACGAUUGGCUUCAUUUCCAGUGAGUGAUAGCCUUAACACUUGAGUUAACACUAAAUAAAAAAAAAAAACAUGUAACACUAAAACACUACAACUGCCUACUACUGUGUUGAUGAAUAACUGUAGUCACGAGGGUGCAUUAUUACUGUACGUAACAUUGAUGCUCUGAUUUGUAUGUGUCUGUCAACCUGAAUGUAACGUUUAACAGUUGUACAUGUUUCAUGUUAAUGACAUUAUUGUCCUGUUCUGUUGUUGACCAACGUUUAACUCACGUCCUUUAAUCUGUUCUGUAUUUAAUUUAUGAUUGAAACACAGCCGAAUGAUGCAUGAAUCGAUUUAAUUUAAUAAAGACAGCAAACACUGUUUGCUGAUGGAUGUUUUAAAA